CCAUUUGCUUUCUUAAGCCGAAGCGGCAGUUUGGCUGGUAGUCGAGGGUAGUGGGACGGAGAACUUGAGGAGGUGGGCUACGAGAGCGAAGAGAAGAAAACGGACAUCGAAAUUUAUCCGUGGGAGUCGUUCUGGUACUGCGGGAGACUGCGCAUCAUCAUCGUCAUCCCGAGUGUCGAAUCUAAAUAAACAUAGCGAAAUCUCGAGGUAGAGAGGAGGAGCAGGAGGAGCAGUAGCAGCAGUAGCAGCAGCAGCAGCAGCAGCAGCAGCAGCAGCAGCGGCAGCAGCAGCGGCGGCAGCAGCAGCGGCAGCAGCGGCAGACAAUCCGAUUGAAAGAGAAAUGUCGAGGCCGAUCCUCAGCAGGCCGCGCACGCGCGUCUACGGCUGCAACUACGACAAGGGCGAGUCGUACUACAAGCCGGCGAUCGAGAACCUGAACAGGAAGUACAGCGGACGCCCGCUGUUCCCUGAGCCACGCAACUCGCUCGCCGACGAGAUUGCCGCGCGCCGUAGCGACAUCGGAACGCGCGACCUCGCGGGCUCGAGACAGGCACGGCUGGGUCGAAGCGAGCUCGAGAGCGAUCACGAGGCGUUCGGCCGGCGCCCCCUGCGGAGCCUCGGCUCGCCCCAGCCGGAUCCCUUCUUCGAGGACGAAGACACGGUGUUCGACAUCCACGGGCGGCGCACCUCGCGCGGGCCCCGGCGCUCGGCCCUCGGCGACGAGUUCGCCAGCGAGAUGGCCGCCACCGCCAGCCGCAUCAAGAAGCGCAUGCACCUGGUCGACGAGGAGGCCGUCAGCAGCGGCAGCAUCGCCGCACAGGAGAGCGUGGCCAGCCGGCGCGCCGCGCGCGCCCGCGCCUUCGAGGCCGACGCCAAGGAGCUGCUCGACGACCUGGCCAAGCCCACCCCGCUGGCCAAGUGGACGAAGCUCGAGGCCGGGCUGGCGCCCGAGGACUCGAGCAGCGCCGCCGCCGGCAGGGCGCGGCUCAGCAAGGCGCGCCUCGACGACCUCGAGCUCGAGAUGGAGGAGAUGGCCGAGAAGCAGGCGCGGCGCGAGCGCAGGGCCGCCGCCCUGCGGGCGCUCAUCAGCGAGACCAGCUCCGCGGCCGACGAGACGCUCGCCAGCGCCAGCAAGCUCUCGCUGCACCGCUCCGAGAAGACCGAGAAGCACGUCUCUUUCUAACGAGUCCCGCUCUCGCUCGUCGCACCACCUCUUCGCCGCUGCCCUUCUCUCCCCCUAUAUAAUUGCUCCAGCGCACUCUAUCGUUUUCGCCCACCACUGACUCGGUGAUCUUUUCAUUCGUUCUGGAUUCUAAUAACAUUUCGAUACGUAUACUCUACUAUCAAUCGACUGUCGAGCAUUUUUUUAAAUACGUCUAUUUUCUUCAAGAUUCCCUAUUAAUCGUACUAUUAGAUUCAAUUAUUUAUUUAUUUAGACAUUUAUUGAGGAACUUGUCGUCUGCUGUGCAGCUGCUAUUUCGUUCAACUUCUAUACUUCUAGGUUGAAUGGUAAUCUAGCGAAAGACAUGUAUUCCUUGUCAAUCAAUUAUUUAUUGUUAUAAUCAAGUAUUAACAUAUUUAGUACCCACUGCUAACUGAAGCGAAAUAAAUAAACAAUGUAAUUUACGUAUUGACGAUUCUCUUUCAUUAAGUUAGAUCAAUGCGUUUUUAUAAACGUCUCAAACACCUUGAGAACAUUAGUCUUUUUCUGAUUGAUCAACACUUGGAAUUAUUGUAAAACAAUAUUACGUUUUAUUUUUUCUUAAAAAAAUAUUAUUACAUUGAAGGUAUUUAUCAUUUUGUCUUGUGAAGAAAGAAAAGAUAAAUGUGUUCCUCAAACAGUGAAGCUACGGUUGUGUUUCGUAGCUUAUAACGCGUAUAUGAUCAUGUAUACUUUUUCAUAUUACGAAUAAUAAAACGGAUUCACGAAAUGGUGUUUCGUGUUCUGUC